AUGUAUGCUCUGCCUCUGUCUCUCCAUCAGCUUUCUUCACAUGGUCACGGCCACGUCCUCGGCUGCGUCCCCUUCCUCGGUGUGGUGUGUCCCAUUUUCGUUCCUCUCUUCUCACCUGGUAACCGUCAGGACAUGCCCUGGCCAUGUGUCCCUUUUUACCGCACGUGUAACACUCGACAUCAGCCAGCGCUAUCAGCGCCAGCUGGAGAGACACCCACCGCCUCCACCGACAGCCAGCUGCGGCGCCAUGUGCGGACCAAACGCUGCUCCUGCGCCACUUUCAUGGACAACGAGUGCGUCUACUUCUGCCACCUGGACAUCAUUUGGGUCAACACCCCCGAGCGCGUGGUCGCGUACGGACUGGGCAACGCAAAGUGAACAUUGGCUUGGUUCUUUACGGAGCUGCAUGCCCGCUUCCCCG